AUGUCUUCGGUGGCAAGAAGUAGUGAAGAACGACAACAACCACCAAGAAAGAAAAGAAGAGGAUCUCAAAAUAGAGUUGUUGAUAUUACAUCAGAAAUUGAAUGUAGGAAUAAUUCCAUUAUCAAUGACAAUAACGUCAUAGAUUUAGAUAGUCAACGACGAGAAUCUUUAAGUUCAAAUCACGAUGAUGAUAUACAAAUACUAGCAGUAAACGAGAAUAACCCAACAUUAGCAAAUCUGAUAAGACGUCCAUUCACUAAUUUUACCCAUAACGAUUUCAUCAAUAGAAGAAUUAGUGGCAAUGAAGUCAAUAGAGAUACUGGCGGCUCAGAAAGACGUCAAAGAAUAGGUACAAACUCAAAUAAUAGUAUUGAUCAUACGAGAAGAAUACGUGGAGAUGGAGGUAAUAGAGUGAAUAGUAGUUCAACCUCAAGAAUAAACCAUAGCAGAGGUCAAAGAUCAAGCAACAAUCCAGAUAGUGGUUUCGGUCGUGGAGAAGUACGAUUUGAUGAAGGCGAAGAUGACGAUAUAGAAAUUCUUGAUGUAAGAGAAGCAUCAGAACCUUUAAGAUCACAAAUACUGCAUAUUCAUACACCUCAUGGACCAUUUAUGUUUGAAGAAGGUGGACCUCCUCAUUUUCAUCAUUAUCAUGAUUAUAAUGAUAAUUACGGCCCAAAUUCAUAUGAAGAAUUACCUUAUCCAAUACAUCAUUCAUCCAAUACUUCCACUCCUCCUCCUUCUCAAAGAAAUUUGCGUUCAAAUCGUCCAAGUUCACAAAUAGAACUACAACAGCAACGUCAGCGUCAACAUCAACAACAUCGUAUUCAACAACAACGUCAGCAAAAUCAACAACUGCAACAAGCACGAAAUACUGGUCGUCGAGGAAGAUUUUCAAGACCUAAUAAUUUACCUCGUGAAAGAAAUCAUCACACUAUUAGUGGUACUAUCAAUGGUAGACAUUUUUCACAAACAGCAGAUCCAAUGAUUAGAUUAUUUGUAUCAAGGUCGUUAGAAAGAAUUAGUCAAUUAGAAUUUCAUCUUGGUGGAGUAUCAUCUGGUUCCUCAACAUCUGAUGAAUUUGAUUUUGAUGAUAUGGAAUACGAUGAAUAUGAUGAAGAGGAAAUCAUGAAUAGAGCAAUUAUGAGAAGAAUUGAAGAAGAUAAUAAUAGAAGUUUAAAUGCGAGAUCAGAAAGAGAAACAAAUUUCAACAAAAAGGCAUUACUUGAAAAGAAACAAUUAUCAGAUAGUUUAGAUAAGUUAAAAACACAUACGAAUAAAAUUAGUUCAAAUGAUUUAUUAAUGUGUGAAUUAUGUGGUGUUGAUUUAGGUGAAGGAGCUCCAGAAGAUUUUAAAUCUAAUACAGAAUAUGAUAAAAACUUCGCAAAUUAUUCAAAAGAAUUUAAAAUUCAGGCUCCAUGGUUUUGUACAAAUCCUUUCACUCAAGCUGAUAUUCAAUUAAGUAAAAGAAUAUUUGCAUCAAAAUGUGGUCAUUGCUUUUGUGGUAGAUGUGUUAAAAAUAUUGCAAAUAGAUCAAAAAAAUUAGCAAAAGAUGCUCCAAGAGGUUCAACUAUUAAAAAUCCAACUUUAUUUGCUCCUGCAAAAUGUCCUGCUAAUGAAUGUGGUAAAAGAUUUCUUUCUAAAGCUUUCACUGAAGUUUAUUUUUAA